GGCAGCAGGCGCGGCGGCGGGUCUCGUUCCCUCCUUUCGGGCCGCUCGCCUUUCCCGGGCAGGUGGGUGCUGGGCGGCGGCUGGCGUGACGGGGUCUGCGGGCGUACCCGCUCCUCUCUGCCUUUUUCUCCUGAAAUGACGGCGUAGCCUCGGAGACUCUCGUUUUUUCCCGAAAAUCAGAAGAAAGCAUAAAACUGGCAGCUCAGAAAAGGGCCUUGCCCAACAGUUGACGUAUCUGGCUCUAGAGUUUUUUCAGCUGAGGGCUGGAGAUGCCUCUGAAGUCAGCUCAGUAAUUGAAGUUGAAUUUCUCAGGGGCUGUGGCUGCCACUGAAGUAAUGAGUUAAAGGAGGUCCAAUGACAACAAAAGCGCACUCCCUUCUCACAGUAGGGUCUAUAGUUGUCCCUUAUGGACAUGUGAUUGGAAAUGAGAAAUGGAGAGGGUCAGAAAUAUCCCAAAGGCUACAAGGGAAAAUUAAGCUCAUUUUUGAAGAUGGCUUGGGACUUGUGGAUUUCUGUCUUUCAAACAAAACUUGCAUCUUAUAUAUUUCUGAAGCAGAUUUGGUUGCAGGGGAUGAAUUCAAGCGAAGAUUGGUUCGGUUUAGGAAUGCUAGCAGUCUUGGUGGAAUUGUAAUUGUCGAGAGAACUCAGAUAAGUGAUCAGUACUUCUUAGCAGUACAAAAGCUUGUGGUGCUAGAACUUGGCAUGGUGUUGUUUCCUGUGGCAAAUCAAGGAGAAGCUUCUCAACUUAUUAUUCAGCUAGUCCGUGAACAAAGUAAGGAUCGCAAUAGUAACCCCUUUCUUCGUAAACAAUGUUCUCAGCUAGCAGAAGCAUCAGUAUUCCGGACGGUGCAGCAAAUUCCAGGAGUUGGAAAAACAAAAGCUCUGCUUCUGCUGCAACAAUUUGGAAGCAUCCACAGACUUUGUAAUGCAUCUGUUAAAGAGCUCGAGCUGGUAGUUGGACAAACAGUAGCACAACAAAUUUAUACUUUCUUUGCCUUAAGUUCUUGACAUGCAUGUGUUGACAUUUUCUCUUUUGGAACAUAGAGACUUUAUUUAUGUUCCUUGUGAACUCUUAAGAUUUUGUUUUUAAUAAUCCUGGUAAAAACUGAAGGGUGUUGAGUAAUUGUGUAGGGAUUACUGUUUUGCUUUCUCUUUAUAGCUACUCUGCUCUUGUAGAUAGAGCUGUAAUCUUGCCUUAGAAUAAGGGCUGUAAAGGGUUUUGCAUCUGUCCUGUGUGAAAAAGUGAGAGAAAGCUGUCUGUUUUUCAGUGAUCACAGAAAAAAAACAAUUUCUAUAUUUAUUUGUCUUCCAAAAGUAAACACUUUGUUAAUAUGUAGGUGAUGUUUCUUAAGAAUAUACUCUACAGGUUACUGUUUCAGGAACUUUUAAGUAAAGGAUAGAUCUACUGCACUCUACACCUGUGGACAAGCACAGACAAGUAUGGCAAUUACUUCCUGUUGCAUGAUUGAAAAGAUAACACAGUACUUGCUACUGAAGUUAUAUCAGCUCUGCUUAUGCUGUACUUAUUUCUAAAUGUCUUUGUGAGAGGGCUUUUUAAGUUUCAUGUGAUGCCCAGUGCAAUCACUUUGUUCACAGAAUGUUUCAGAGUACUUUUGGUUUAUUACUUUUGGAGGUUCUUCAGAAAGUGUUGGCUGAAUAUGUAUUUGACUUUACACUGUUUCUCUAGAUCCUUUUUCAGUUCACGGGGUGUUAUCAAGUUUAUUCCUUUGUGUAUAAUAUUCAAAAUAUUGGUUAAUUCA